UUAAUAAUUGGCACUAAUGCUAGUGCAAGGUUCAGACUCACUCACAAGAUACACGUUUAAGAAAACAGAAUUGGGCUACACGCUAAAGCCAUUGACAGUGGGCAGGUCAUUGAAGCUUACAUUAGACAACUCUCUCAACAAUUCGAUUUUUUCCAAUCAAAUUUUGUAAAUUUUUACUAUUUUUUAUCAGUGCUUUGGGCUUUCUGAAUAAAUAACGCCGACCAGAGACCAUACUGACUGGAACAAACAAAAAAUCCGGACGUCAUCAAAAUGGAUCCUCUGCAGUAAGUAAAGGUUAUGUGUUUCUCAUAAUGAGCAAGAUUUCUAGAGAAGAGCAUGUUGUUUUAAUAAUUCAAAGUUUUUAAUAUUAACAUUUAGGCAUCAUAUAUCUGCUACUUUUGGAAAAUGACAUAGUUUGUCAUUUAGUCUUUUUUUUUGUUUUUGUUUUUUGUCAAGUGUAUGUUUGUCAUACGUAGAUGUAUUUCAUUGUUUCGGGACUUUUAUUUCCUGUAUGACUGCCUUCAGUUGUUUUUUAAUACAUUUUAGUAUAAGAGGGGUGAAGCAGAACUUGUGAAGGUCCAAUCUGUAAACACGUUCAAAUAAUGUAGGCGUUCGUGUCAGUGUUCUGUUGCUUUAUGAAAAUGUUACAGUUUGUCAUAUCUAGAUGUUCUUCUAAUGUUUUGUCUUUUUAAUUCCUACAGAGUCACAGAGAAUAGAUGCCAAUAACAGAUGUAGACAAAGACUCAAAGUAUCUUGGUAACUAAUGUUAUAGCGGGGUGUGGUCGUUUAAGAAUAGAUAUACUUAAUAUUAUAUAUAUAUAAGUAUUUAGUUAACGGGGCACCACCUUGAUAUUUGGUUUGGGAACCAAGGCAAUCUGUGUGUGAACAUGAGAGCACACUGACAGGAGACAGUGAGGGGAAAGAGAGGAGUUGAGCUGUGCUCAUCUUCAUCCGUACUUUGGCUAUGACUGACACCAGAAGAAAGAUGAUUACAGAAAGGUAGGAGUUGAGAUGUGGUCUUCUUCCACUGAACCUUAGUUAUGUCUAACUCCAGUUAUGUUGCCCUGCACAGGGAUCAGACAUCUGAAUAUCUGGAGCCUCCUCAGAGACAAGCUGAUGCCUCAGACAUUCCUGGACAACAUCCAUCAUCAGAGAACGGUGGAGGCAACAUCAUACAACCACAUGUUGGAGGGAGAGGCAGCGCCGAGUGAGCGGGGCCUGGCCGUGCUCGAACAGGGAGAGUGAAGAGCCUUUGAAUAACAACAUAAGCCAGGUUUUCCCAUGUGCUCCUCUCUCUUCAUGCCUGGUCAUUUGUCCAUACAAAACCGGUCGCUCUGCUUUGAUGCUUAUCGCUGACGUGUCAUUGGCCCAGCGGCAAAAUAGGGAAAUUAAAGGGGAUUUGUUGUUGUUGAAGUUACUUUUUUUUCCAUUGAAAAGACUCACUCAUCAGUGAGGUUCUGUUUCUGUGCUGUCUAUAGAACUGCGAUUAAAGCUCCCAUAGAUUUACAUUUAGUCAUUUAGCAGACACUCUUAUCCAGAGCGACUUAAUCAUAUUAUAGAUCAUAUUUAGCACAAUAAUAAUUGUGACAACGCAGUCACAAUUCCCAUCAGUCAAGCUAGUGGCUUCAACAUUCCUGAAUAGACAUCCAACGGAAACAGGACAGGACCAGAUUAAUAUUUUGCCUCAAGUCGAUCAAUCAUUGAAAGGUAUCAAAAAAGAAAUAAUGAGGAAUAUUCUUAGAUUUAUUGAAUGUUUAUUCGAUUCUAUGAUUUAUUAUCUUACAAACAAUAAUUUGAACACAUUGAAAGAAGAAAACUGUCCAUGUACAGGAGAGAAUUAUAAAGAAUUUUAUAAUCUCCAAAAAGUAUUUAUUAUAACUGGAGAUGAAGUAAAGAAAAUACGCCAUUACAUUGAUAGAUAUAUGCAUAAGAAAGAUGAGAAUGUCCUUAAGGACGUUUACCCUCUACUCAAUAAAUGUGUGGAAGAUAAACAUGUGAAAAGUCCAGAAAAUCAACAUGCAUAUGGAGCUCUAUUGGAUAAAUUUGGUAAAAUGGAGAUAUUCUGUUUUUUCUAUCCUCGUGAGAAAUCACCUCGGAGGAAAGUUGCACAUUCUGAAUUGCAACUUCUUCAUUUUAUACAUCAUCAUAUUGGAAAACGGAGGAAUCUCAAUGUUCUAAUUUUUACUCAAAAAAGUCCAUGUUUCGAUUGGGAAGGUGAAAGUGUUCAGACUAUAGACGACUAUUUUAAUAGUGAAUGUAAAGAAAAUGGAGUUAAAUGUUUUAAGGCUUUAGUAUACAAUGCUAAAACCUGGAAAGGCGUUUCCUCCGUCAUUUUGUUCUACGAGCAUGUCUAUUUUAAGUCACUAACCUCCACCAGCAACCCCUCCCGCCCCUGUAUUUCUUCAGAAGACAUAAGAUCUGAUUUAGAAUCUAAUGAAUUUAAGUUUACAUAUGAGAUCGAUAAAAAGCGCUUGGCUAAAUUAUUUAAAAUUAAGUAUGGUCCUCAUCAAAAAGAGGUUGCCAAUCUACAUAAUCGAAUUAUUGAUCGUAUUAUUAAAGAACUCAAGCUACAUUCUAAUCUUAUGACGUAUGAGGGUUACCUUUCCAUUGUGACGCCUGACUUAAUGAGAAGUGCAUGGAUUGAGGAUGAUCCAGAGUUUUUUUCAAAAUAUCCAGAUAAUCAGAACAUCUUCGAAGUGAUGCUAAACUAUUUUUGUGAAGACUUGGGGAACAAAAGGGAUAGACUUUUGAAGGAAAAAAAACAUGAGAUGGAUAAUGAGGAACUAUUUAAUAAUCUGAAAAACUACAUAAACGAGUCAGGCAUUAUAACAUUGUGCCGCGUUCCAUAAUAAAUUGUUUAUGCACUGCAGUGGUGGCCGCUUGUCUUUCCACUACCAGCUACGCCAAAGAAAGGCUAGCUAUUCAUUGACGUGGAAUGCCCAUUAAAUACCUGAGGAGUUAGUUUCACCGAUUCACAUCGGUUACAUCAGCAAAACUUAUUUUUGCUCCGACUUUAGCUUAUGGAUAUUCGGCAGCGUUAUACUCAGUGUAACGGGUAUGCAGCGGACGUGCUCUUGCUCCGCCAGGGCCGUCGUUCGCUGCCAUCGGGAGUCGAACCUGCCACCUCAACAGACCGAAGGUGGCUUCGCUCGUAUCUUUCUCCGCCUUCAACGGCUCGUGGCAUGUUACAGCGUCAUUAUAGAUUGUUGACAUGUUUUUCUGGAGCAAAGACGAAGAUGAAUAAAUCAUGUCUGAUAACCACAAUAUUGUUAUGGUCUUUGUAUUGUUAUAACUUUAUGUCAGUUAACACUACGAUUGCAUUAACAAAAACUGUAAGCUAAAAAUAUAGCAUCUGUUGGACUGGACAAAAACUCAUAGAACUGGUAACUCUUUGAGCUAUUAGGUGCGUUCGACAUGGACUGCGGCUGCAUGAAACGACCGGCGAGAGUAGCCGCUUGCAGUUGGGAAGGAGUU